AUGACUAAGGACUUUCACAUCCAUGUUCUUCAUGGAAAUGGCAUUUUUCGCCGUAUCAAAGAGGGCCUGACCACGAAGCAGGGAAUGGGGGCCUGCAACUGUACUGGAAAGACCUUUACAACGGAUCAUGAGCUGAUGAGGACCCUGGGCCAAGGGCACUUUUCCCAGGUCAAACUUGCCUUCCAUAAGUACACCAUGACAUAUGUGGUAGUAAAAAUUUUUAGAAAUAGCAAGAAGAGAGCCUCCCUCCUCAACAAUGAAAUCAACAUUAUGCAAUCCCUUUGUAACCCAUAUAUAAUAAAGCUCCUUGACGUGGUCCAGACCAGGGAGACCACCUACCUUGUGAUGGAGCAUGCCCCACAGGGAGACCUGAUGCAGCUCAUCCUCCAACUGGGCUAUUUAGAGGAGAGUGAGGCAUGGAGACUCUUUUCGCAGAUCCUGCAGGCGGUGCGGCACUGCCACAACCAUUCCAUUUGCCAUAGAGACAUAACAGCCAAGCACGUUCUCCUCGACGGCAAGGGGAAUGCCAGGCUGAGUGAUUUUGGCCUGGCCUGCCACACCACUCCCGGGCAGAAGCUAGUGGGAUGCUGUGGCACUCCGUUCUACUGUGCCCCGGAACUCUCUAGAGGGGAGGCAUAUGAUGCAUUUCCCACAGACCUGUGGAGUUUAGGGGUUCUCUUCUUCUUCAUGGUGGCUGGGCACUAUCCCUUCCAGGCCAGCUCUUUUGAGCUCUUGAGGGUGCAGAUCAGCACUGCCUUGUUCCUCGUUCCUGAGCAUGUUUCAACCAACAUUUUCAAUGUCAUUCUCGAACUGCUCAUAAGCAAUCCCGCAGAGAGGUCCACCAUCGACCAAAUCAUGGCGUGCCCCAUGCUCAGGGGCAGAGAGGCACACGGUCAUCCUGGCACCACAAGCCCAAGUGUGCCUGCACCCCGAUGCUGCCAGCCAAAGUUGACACUCUGUUGCCAUGAAUCCUGCCUGGACGUGCACAUGACAAAUUCCCUCAAGGGCACCAGCCUCAAAUUGGAUGAGAAGUUUUCAAAGUCCAAGAUGGACUUUGGUGGCAACCUGAAUCCAAGUGUCCAGCUGGAUACCUGGAAGAAAAUCUGUGACUUGAUACAAGAUGAUGACAGUUCAAGCCUCAAAUCCUCCUCCUCUGGGGACAUACUGGCAGAACACUGGGACUUCAUAGAAGAAGGUGAGCUGGAACCAGCCAUUGCCCAGGAAGAGGCCACCAAGCAGGAAGAGGAUUAUACCCUGGAAAUUAUCACCACUCAGAAAAAGACUAUGAGAAAGGACGAGAUCAUGCCUCAUGAAGUCAUUCCCCAUGUAGAGACCAUAUGCCAGGACACAGCUACCACACAAGAAGGGAUCAUGCCCGUUGAAGAGGCCAUAGACCAGGAAAUGUCUAACAAAGAAGAAGAGAUCAUUCCCCAUGAAGAGGCCAUAGACCAGGAAAUGACUUUCACAGAAGAAGGGAUCAUGCCCCAUGAAGAGGUCAUCCCUCAUGAAGAGGUCAUAUACCAGGAAAUGAGUCCCUUGGAAGAAGAGAUCAUGCCCCAUGAAGAGGCCAUAAACCAGGAAAUGUCUUCCAAAGAAGAAGAGAUCAUUCGCCAUGAAAUAAGCCAUAGACCAGGAAACAGCUACCACAGUAGAAGGGAUCAUGCCCCAUGA